CCUGUCCCCUCUCUGCUUUUGCUGUCAAUGGCUUUCGGAACAUAUUUUAUUUGAAUGUCCGGGACUUUUAAGUGACCAAUAAUGGAUAUUCUAUGGAUAUUAUGGACCUUACCGGCCGUAAUAGCUAUUGAAGAGACACUCAUGGACUCCACCACAGCCACGGCAGAGCUCGGCUGGACUGUCUACCCUGUGUCAGGGUCAAGUGACAACAGUUGGGAAGAGGUGAGCGGUUAUGAUGAAAACAUGAACACCAUCCGGACGUACCAAGUCUGUAAUGUUUUCGACACCAAUCAGAACAACUGGGUACGGACAAAAUACAUCCGGCGUCGCGGUGCGCAGCGAAUCCACGUGGAGAUGAAGUUCUCUGUUAGGGACUGCAGUAGCAUUCCUAAUGUUCCAGGCUCCUGUAAAGAGACUUUUAACCUAUAUUACUAUGAAUCUGAUUCUGAUUCAGCCACCAGAACAUCACCACCUUGGAUGGAGAACCCCUGGAUCAAGGUUGACACCAUUGCAGCAGAUGAGAGCUUCUCCCAGGUGGACCUUGGGGGCAGAGUGAUGAAGAUUAACACUGAGGUUCGAAGCUUUGGCCCAGUGUCACGGAAUGGCUUUUACUUGGCCUUCCAAGAUUAUGGCGGCUGCAUGUCGCUCAUCGCUGUUCGUGUCUUCUACCGGAAGUGUCCUCGUAUAAUCACUAAUGGGGCAUUAUUCCAGGAGACAAUAUCUGGAGCAGAUAGCACCUCCCUUGUGGCAGCAAGAGGGGUUUGUAUCCCAAAUGCAGAGGAGGUGGAUGUGCCUAUUAAGCUGUACUGCAACGGCGAUGGAGAGUGGAUGGUACCUAUCGGGCGCUGUAUGUGCAAAGCUGGGAAUGAGCCUGUGGAAAAUGGGACUGUUUGUCGAGCCUGUCUGUCAGGCUUUUUCAAGCCAACUCAAGGAGAUGAGCCCUGUAUGCAGUGCCCCAUCAACAGCCGUACCACCAGUGAAGGUGCUAUUAACUGCGUUUGCCGAAAUGGAUACUAUCGCACCGACUCAGAUCCUCUCCAGAUGCCUUGCACAACUGUCCCCUCAGCGCCGCAGAAUGUCAUCUCCAGUGUAAAUGAAACCUCAGUGAUGCUGGAGUGGAUGCCCCCUCGAGAUUCAGGGGGCCGCGAGGAUGUAGUCUUCAACAUCAUCUGCAAAAGCUGCGGCGGAGGCCGAGGAGGGUGCACCCGAUGUGGGGACAACGUUCAGUUUUUACCCCGCCAGUUGGGCCUGACAGAAACUCGGGUCUACAUUAGUGACCUGUUGGCCCACACACAGUACACGUUUGAGGUGCAGGCUGUCAACGGGGUGUCAGAUCAGAGCCCCUACUCCCCUCAGUAUGCCUCAGUCAACAUUACCACUAACCAGGCUGCUCCAUCGACUGUAUCUAUAAUGCACCAGGUGAGCCGUACUGUUGACAGCAUCACCCUCUCCUGGUCCCAACCGGACCAGCCUAAUGGAGUAAUCCUAGACUACGAACUGCGGUAUUAUGAGAAGGACCAAUCAGAAUAUAACUCUACCGCUAUCAGAAGCCAGACCAACACUGCAGUCAUCCGCAGCCUCAAGCCAGGAAGCAUCUACGUGUUCCAGGUCCGGGCCCGCACCGUAGCUGGGUUUGGACGUUACAGUGGCAAACUGUACUUCCAGACCAUGACUGAGGAGGAAUACAACACCAGCAUUCAGGAGAAGCUGCCUCUCAUCAUUGGCUCAGCAGCUGCUGGGUUGGUGUUCCUCAUCGCGGUGGUUGUCAUCAUCAUCGUCUGUAAUCGGAGGCGUGGCUUUGACAGGGCAGAUUCAGAAUACACAGACAAGCUGCAGCACUACACCAGCGGCCACAUGACUCCAGGAAUGAAGAUUUAUAUUGAUCCGUUCACAUAUGAGGACCCCAAUGAGGCUGUGAGGGAGUUUGCGAAGGAGAUUGAUAUAUCCUGUGUGAAGAUUGAACAGGUCAUUGGUGCAGGAGAGUUUGGGGAGGUGUGCAGUGGAAACCUAAAGCUUCCAGGUAAAAGGGAGAUGUUUGUGGCGAUAAAAACACUGAAGUCUGGCUACACAGAGAAGCAACGGCGAGACUUCCUGAGCGAGGCCAGUAUCAUGGGCCAGUUUGACCAUCCUAACGUGAUUCAUCUGGAAGGUGUGGUCACGAAGAGCAGUCCCGUCAUGAUCAUUACCGAGUUCAUGGAGAAUGGAUCUCUGGACACUUUCCUCAGACAAAACGAUGGGCAGUUCACAGUGAUCCAGCUUGUUGGUAUGCUACGCGGCAUCGCCUCGGGCAUGAAAUACCUUGCCGACAUGAAUUAUGUGCACCGUGACCUUGCUGCCCGAAACAUCCUGGUCAACAGCAACCUUGUGUGCAAGGUGUCAGACUUCGGCCUUUCACGCUUCCUCGAGGAUGAUACGUCGGAUCCUACUUACACUAGCGCUUUGGGAGGGAAGAUCCCUAUCCGAUGGACUGCACCCGAAGCUAUCCAGUACAGAAAGUUCACCUCUGCUAGUGAUGUGUGGAGCUAUGGGAUUGUCAUGUGGGAAGUCAUGUCCUACGGAGAGAGGCCUUACUGGGACAUGACUAAUCAAGAUGUCAUCAACGCCAUUGAGCAGGACUACCGGCUUCCCCCGCCCAUGGACUGUCCCAGUGCCCUUCACCAGCUCAUGUUGGACUGCUGGCAGAAAGACCGCAACAACCGGCCCAAGUUCAGCCAGAUUGUUAACAACCUUGACAAGAUGAUCCGUAAUCCUAACACACUGAAGGCGAUGACCCCUUUAUCUUCAGGUGUUCAUCUCCCUCUCCUGGACCGCAGCAUCCCAGACUUCUCCAGCUUCAGCACUGUGGAUGAGUGGCUGGAUGCCAUCAAGAUGGGCCAGUAUAAAGACAGCUUUGCCAAUGCGGACUUCACUACAUUUGAUGUGGUGUCUCAGAUGACCAUGGAUGACAUCCUGAGGGUUGGUGUGACGUUAGCAGGCCAUCAAAAGAAGAUCUUGAACAGUGUCCAGAUGAUGCGGGCACAGAUGAACCAGAUCCAGUCGGUGGAGGUUUGACCCGCCCAAGUGGAGCAGAGGGAAAAAUAAGGCGGUUGGGAUGCAGGGCUCUGGGUGCAGAGGAUGGAGUUGAUGUUUUUUUUCUUUUCUUUUCUUUUUUCCAUGUGACAAUGUGUCUGGUCUUCCCACCAGACUGCCAUUCAUCUCCCAUUCCCUUUUCCACUUCCCUCUCUGCUCCUCCUAUCCCCUUACCCUGACUCUCCCUCCAUCCUUGGGAUCAUCUGUGGAGAGUUAGGAAUACAAAAGUCCUUGUGAAGAAGCAUCAGACCGCCCACAGCCAAUCCACCUUUAGAGCCAGAAACAUGGGAGGUUAGACGUGACCAGCAAUGCAUUUUUCAAUCUUCCACCUUUUUUCAUUGAUGUUGUUUUAUUUUUAUUUUAUUUUUGGGGGGGGUUUGCUUGUUCUGAUAAUUUUGUAAAGAAUUUUUAAACAAAAAAAAAAGAAGAAAAACUGAAAAAGGAAAGGAGUUUAUCUAAAUUUAUAGAUGAUAUAAGGUUGAACACUAGAUGAACUGAGUAGGAAAGCUACCCUUUAAAAGGGCAACAAAAAAGAACACAAGGAAGAGUUGAGGAGACUGCCCUCAACAAGGUCUGGAUUUUGUUUUUUUUUGUUUUCGUUUUUAAUUUUGGACAUUGUGCAAAAACACAGAAAUUCUCUGUGGUUUUCCGAAAGGCAAGGUGUGGAGGAGACAAGGUGAUCCGAUGUGUACACCCAACUGUUUCCCCGGGAAAGAUGAUAUAAAAGAGUGAACUAGACAACUUUUGCCACAGACAAUGUCAAAAACACUUUCAAUCAGACUGACAAGCAGUGAAAUCAACACUGAAGAAAAAGGAAAAAAAAAAUCUCAUUGCAAGUAAUUUUCUAUAUUGUGUGAUAUUUUGUGAUGAAGACUCCCUCUCACCAUGCUUCCUCUCACUAAAGAAAAUUAAAGUGUUUUUUUUCCCUCACAGCCUGCCAAAUAGAAGUAUUUUGCACCCCAAUCAUGAUCCUGUACUGUACAUAUCAAAUGCACAUGACCUGCCAUAAAACGGUGACUCAGAGAUAGCUAUUGUAAUUAAACAGUUCAGGAGUAGAAGAACUGAUUGCAAAGGCGGGGGUCUUGAGUUUAUUUGCUUGAUUUUUUUUUUUUUUUAAAGCAAAUUGAAUUCCUGUGUAGUCGUACAAAAAGAGACAGGUUAUACAUUAGAAUCCACAUGCAUUAAGUCCCUGUUAUAGCUUCCUCCCUCAUGUUCAUCUCCAGUGCUGUGUGUCCGCAUGUGCACAUGCAUAACACAUGCACAAAGAAGCAGUCGCUCCCGAAACGUCGGGACUUGUUUGAUAGCAUGCUGAGUGAGUGCUUAAUUUCACAGUGCUUUGAUUUGCUGCAAUUACUAGAACUCUGUUUGGUAAGAGCUUAGAUUUGACACACUUUACAGAGUGUAAUGCGUCUGCAUUAUAUUCGGUCUUCUUCUGCCAGUUUUCUUUUUGUAAACAAAUUCGUACAUUUUUUCCCCUCGCACACACAAUCCCACUCAUGAAUAGACUUUUCAGCGAGAUGUUGACUGAAUGGAAAAACAUGCAAUGCGUUGUAUUAAUUUCUCUAUUGGUAUCAAUGAACUGCUAUUAUUACUUUAAGUUUUUUUUUUUUCUGCACUGAGUCUACUGUGUGACUCCAACAAAACACUCUGGAUCUUCCAUAAAUGCUUUGAAAUUAUUUUUGAAUCAUGUUGGUGCACAAAACCAUGUAGAUAAAUGGCAAUUUCAUGUAACAGGCCUUGGCUUUAUUUAAUAGACAGUAUAUGCAUUUAUUUUAUGGUUUCCUGUGACCGGUACUGUCUAAUAAGUUCAGAGCACUCAGUCAUUGUUUGUGUUGUGGUCAGUAACCUGUUGGAAGGGUUAUGGGGGGAAAGAUGGAGUGUAUAGCAAUGCAGUCAUUCUCCAGCGAUGGUGAAUGUUGAAUCAGAUGGGGGUUUAUGUACAUAGCCACUAAAUGUUAUCAGCAGUGGAGAGCUCCCACUGAGCUGCGCUCUGAGACCUGACAGCCAGACAUGGAUGUCCAGCUGUGAGCCAUCGGUCAGAUGUGUCUGGUCACAGCGGGGCAGCCGCACCCUGAUCACUGCUGCUCUGUCCAGGCACUGAUUCCUUCCCCGUCCUCUUGAUCACAGACAUGCCUGUGGGCCACCUGUCUGCCGCUUCCACUGAUCUCCACACAGUCGGCUUCCAACAGUUGUCCGGUUUCAUCUCGGCGAUUUUAAAAGAAUCUACAGCAGCAGGCGAACUGCCACUCAUGCGUGGGGCAGUUGUGUCAUGUCUUGUCCUAAUGCUGCAUGCCACUGAGUAUGAGAGUAAGAUUCCUCCGGACCGGACAAUGCUUCCAUGUUUGCUUGCACCAAAUCCUCAGAUGUAGACAGGAGUUCCCGAGACAGCUUUAGCACCAAAGCCCCUCUUAAAGAAAGUGAGAAACCUCAGUUACUGCUCCACUGUCGUUCUACCUUUCAUUAUCCCUGCCUGUCCAGAGAAUUUAAGGCCAAGAGUGGAUGGCGGUAUUUUCAUUCUUUUUCUGCUCUAUGCUCUGCUUGGUUAUUUUCAUCUGCGGUACAACACAUCGAACAAAUAUUUCCCUGGAAGCUUUUCAUAACAUAUGAAACUGGAGGAGGAGACUCAUGAGCUGUUAAGUCAUAGCUGAGAAGCAAGUGAGAAGUGAUGCUGUGACCUAAAUGCCACUGAUGCCAACAUGUAGUCUUCUUUUUUUUCCUGAGUUUUGAUUAUCUUCCCUUUCCAUUUCCCAAUACUUAACAGCUCAUCAGUUUUAUUUAGUUGAGGCUGUACGUUCUCAUGGUACAGCAAAUAUGCUGUCGUCAGGAAAAACACUUAAGAAAUUAGACUCAAGUAUACACAAGGCUGGUGAGGUUUCGCUCCAGCCCCAUUAAAGCUCAUUCAGAUGCUUGUCCUUGGAUGCUGCCAAGACUGUGAGUUAUUAAUCAAGCAAUUAUCCUUGACGUUAGCUUCAAGGAAGUACCUAAAACAGGGUGGGCAGACAUGCCGCAGCAGUGGAAUAGUGCUGAAAUUAUUCAAUUUCUUUUGGUCCAUACGGUCUGUACUUCUUGCAGCUUAGAGAAUUCUUUUUCUGAAAGUUUGGUUUUGUUUCAUUUUUCAUUUCAUAUAUUGGAGUUUAAAUCUUUCGUUUGAAUUUGGAGUGUUUGGAAAUGCAGCAUGAAGUGUCUGCUCUAUGUAUCUUAUGAUUCUCGUGGCACAAAAAAGUAUUGUUGCAGAUCAGAGCAGUGACCAGCGAACCCUUAUGUUCAACUUCUAGGCUAUUGAAAAAUGUAUAGAAAAUGAAUUAGUGAUUCAGCUAGUGCAGUUUUUAUGACAGGCAUGUUUCUAAAAGAAUUUUCACUCAGUGUGAUUAUUCUUUUAUUGCCUCUGAAAUCAGACUGAAUAUUUCAUUUAAAUGAAAUUACUUUUCCAUUUUUGUAAAUGGUUUUCACAGUUCAGAAGUGCAGUAGUAUAUAUCAGAAUAUUCAAUCACUUGGAAAUUUGAUGACUUGUAAAUACAGAGGGGUCUUUGUGCUCUUUAUUUUAUUCACUUGCUUAUUUUUUCUUUCAGAGCAGUUGCUUUUUACCAUUCACCUCCCCCCCAAAAAACCGCAUGUAUGAGUACCUCAACAGGUGUAGUCUUACCGCAGCAAAAAUACGGCAUCUACACAUGCAGACUCCAGUUUCCCUUGUUUUCCUAUGGGUAGUAAAGUAGAUGCAGUGUGGUGGUGAUGCCAGUGAUGGUUUCACGCAUUUUGUCUCUGCAUUUUUCAGAGAAACAUGUUGUACUUUCUCCUUUUACAUCUGUGAAGAAAAGUAGAACCACUCAGCUCUGUCCUCACCGUGUGCCAAUUUUUGAAGGACGAAGAAAAACCGUUAAGCCUCAGUGUUACAGUUACGUGACCGUGUGCAUAAACACGAGCUGUGCCAGCAACUGGGCUGCAUAUGGACGCCACCUUACUACAGUUUGGUCAGACCUUGAAGUCUAGCUCCUGUUGUGGCAGAAAAUGGCUCCUCUUUAAUGGCUGAAGACUGAAGUACCAGAGCGCCCUCUACUGCCGUGGUGGUCAAAUGUAUCUCGUUGGAGUGACAUUUUCAGGUCCAAGUAGUUUGCGAAUGCUGCAGCAGCCAGAUUACCAGUGUUUAGGACAUUUCAGAAAGCUGCUGCUGAUGGACAAAUGCUGGCUGCUGCUCAGAGCAGCCCUGUGUCUUUCCCUCAGUUGAACAAACUUUUCUUCCGGUAUGGCAUCCUGUCACUUGUGUUGCCUUCUGUUUCUCUCACCCUACCCCAGUCCCUCACUCCACCACUACCACUCUGGCUGUUGGUUAGUGCAGUCAGGGGAUCUCUGUGUGCUCCUCUGGUCUGUUAAAGCCUAUAUUAUAGACCAGUGCUGGUUCAGACCACUGUGACUGAUGUGGGAGAUCCUGUAUUUCUGUAUAAAUGUAUAUUGACUGUAACCCUGUGAAUGAUGUAACAAUUUCAUUAUUUGUAAUAUUGUCAUUGGUUUAUUUUCUAAAAAUGGAAAGCCCAACUUGACUCUCCUCAAUAAAAAAAACACAAAGAAAAAAAACAUCUGUAAUAAAAAGAAAAUGUCGAUAA